AUAUUUACUCUUACUACUUCCAUCAGCAAAUGUUCCUCUAUCACGGAUAUAAGAACAGGAUCGACAUUUUUGUAAAAAUAAUUUUAUUAUAUUGUUUAUAGCUUUAUAGCAUAAGUUACGCGUGACGAGGAUAUCUGCGCGGUAGAAAAUGUGUUGGACUAUAUUUUACAGCUUCUGCAGAUAUGUCGAGGACUUGUGCUGAAGUGUGAGUGUCAAUAGUCAGACUGCAGAGUUAGUGACAUUUUUGCCGAGGUUCAGCAGUUUCAGAUCGGAAGGGUGAUGGUCUCUCAUCUCAUGCAGAAUUCGACUCUGAGCGAGACUGAGGCUGAAGCUGCUCUGCCAGUGAAAGACACCGUCAUCAGGGGCAAGGACUACUCCCCUCGCCUCCCUCCCUUGUACGAUCAGACCAGGACCAAGUUUCCGCUCGAUGUCGAUGUCAUCAGAAAGCCCUUUGGAAACGUGGAUCUGCAGGCCUUGCCUCAGAACACUGUCACUUCAUCACUGCCCCACUCUCUGUCACAGACUCUGCCUUACCACGUGCAGCAAGCACUCUCCAGCCGGGACACUGUCAUCUCCACUUCGGCGUCCGCAGGGUCAGUGUCCUCCACUGCACUCACCAGCUCGCCAGUGGAGUCCCCCACCCCCUCCUCAACUAAACCCGCUGUUCCUCGACCACCCUACUCCUACGUCGCUCUCAUCACCAUGGCCAUCGAGAACUCCAUCAUGAAGAGGGCCACUCUCUCCGAGAUCUACACAUACAUCUCCAACAGGUUCGAGUUCUACGCCAACAACCCCAAGAAGGCGGGCUGGCAGAACUCCAUACGGCACAACCUCAGCCUAAACGAGUGCUUCGUCAAGAUCCAGCGGGACGGUGGAGGCGAGAGGAAAGGGAACUACUGGGGGUUAGACCCUAACUACAAGGACAUGUUCGAGAACGGGAACUACCGCCGCAGGAAGCGCAUGAAGAGGCCCUACAGGACUGCAGGACCCUACGGCAAGUCGCUGCUGGACAAUACGUAUCAUCCCUACCGCUACCACGCCUACCCGCACCCGUUAGUAUCGAACGCUUGGAUGCAAGGUCCACAGCUGGCCUACUCUAGUUGCCAGGCUGGCGUGGUACCCCCGGCCUCCUCACUCGCCUCCUAUCCACUUCAGUCUCAGUUGCAGGGAUCACUACAACCCAUGCAGACCAUGCAGAUAUCUCCCUUGAACUCUUACAAUCAGCUGCAGAAUGGAUUUUCCAGCGGAGGAGGCAGUGGGUUUUCAGCCAACUUUCCGGCAUGUAAUGUCCCGAGGCCAGAGGACAUUGUAGAUCCCACUAUGAGAUACUCUUACUGGCCUACAGAUGUGAAGGACGAGCCAACUGGUGCCCUCUCUGGCGGCAAUUCCCUCAACUACCCCGGCAUGGAGUUUUCUCUGUCGGGCCGACCUAAAAUGUAUAUGUGAUCAUCUUAUAGGUCUCUACUACCAGAUCCGUCCAUCCAGAGCGAGCAGGCCAGAGGCGAAGAAGUGAAGGGUUAAACUGAAGUGUCGACCGCUAAAUACACCACAGUGUCUACAACUACUGUAGUGCUAGGUCACCUGUAAUAUUUUUUUAUCUAGUUUCGAGGAGGUAAUAUAAGAUUUGAAAGUAGUAAAAUCUAUUUGGCUGUGUAAAGAGUAGUAGUAAUAGUUAUCGUUAUUGUAUUUUUUAAAUGUACAGACUGUGUAAUUAAGGUCACUAAUUUGUAGUAUUUAUUAACCCUUAAGAUCCCAGGUUUGGGAUAUAUUUCGCCCUUACAAUGACGAUCAUGAUAGACGUUGUGGCUAAGAGUGAGAUUCCUAUAUCAAUAUUGUGAAUAUAUUUUUAGUAUUUUUCAUUAAGCUAUUUUUUAUUAUAAUUUAUAUGUUUUCUUUUGUUUUAUUAUACGUGUUAAACUGGCAUUUUUCGAAAUCAUUGUUAGUAGAGUGUUUUGUCCUUUAUCUCACUACGUUACAAUAUCAGGUAAUGUAUAUGUACAAUAGUCUUCUGAAAUUUACUAUAGUGUGUAAUUACAUUAAAUAACAUUAAUUAUAAAUUAUAAUUAAAUUAAUUAAAUAAAAUUGUACAUCUUUUAUAGAUGUGUUUGUCAAAUUGGAAUGUCAGUUUUAUGAUGAUAAAUUUUCAAAUUUUAUUUUAGUUUGAUUUUUAACGGAACAGAACUUAUAUCAUUUUUCCAUAUUUGAAUUCUUUCUAUUUUCCUAGAUUCUUAUCGUACGUAAAGAAUUUCAUAAAUGCAAGUUUUAUAAAUAUCAUCUCAUUUUCAACAAGCAUAAAAGCUUUCACUUUUCCAUUAGGUUACUGCUUGUAGUACUGUAGACAAAUAGUAUAGUUAAACUCUUGAUUAAUCUUUUCCGUUAAAUGUAAUUGAAUAAUUCAAAUUAAUGUCCAUUGUGACGAUGAAUUGCCAAAUGUUCUGUUUCUGAGCAACGUUACUGUGUAUUCACGUUACUCAGGUAUAAUUCUCAAUUUCCAUUAACUAUUGUUUGUGAAUACAGUAUUAUUUACUUAUCAAAUUUAUUCAAAUAAAUUAUAAAACCAAGCACACGGCAGUAUGGUGGUAGUUGAAUGUAAAAUGUGGUUCCUCUAUUGCUGUACUCUCCUACCCGUUACCUAGAGUGCUACAUAAAAAACAUCAAAUUAAAAUUAAUAAAAAUGUAUUGUAACCUGUAUUUUCGGUAUUUUUCAACGGUUUAGUCUUUUUAAUUGACUCUAAUUACCUUAUACUACAAAUGACUCGAAUUACUUUACACUACGUAAUUAUCUUUGCGAACAACAAACGAAUGGUAUAUGUAAAGUUACGAAAGAUGGUAUAUUGUGUUUUUAUUAGUCAUUACACAUUUUCCAGCACCUUCUUUACUUCUUCCUCCAAUCAAUCCACAGGUAUCCUUUUAAAAACACAAAAUCUCAAAAAUCAUAAAAAACAUUACUUUUAUUAAUUUUGAAUAAUAUUUCAAAAAUCAAUAUAAAAUUGUGUAUAAAAUGUGUAACAUUUGAAUAUGGAUAUGAAUAUUUGUAGAUACUUUAUAAAAAUUACUCAAAAUUGAAAACUACUUUCGUGGUAAAACGCCAGUCUGUUAUUCUCCCGAUAAAGUUUUCUCACAAACGUUUCGCUGUGCUGAAAGUUUUCAAUCACUAGAAACAAAGUUGGAGUUAUUUCAAAAUCUCCUUAAUAAAGGGAAUUAAAUUACAGUAUUAACGGUAUAGUAAAACACCACAUGAAAUCUGAAUCAAAGACAUGUAUUUUAAAAUGUUUGACUCCAGUAUUAAUGAUGAGUUCGAGAAGCCCCAAUAGACUAUUAAGAGCGUAUUAAGAGAUUAUAUUGAAAUCUAAUUCAAUGUUCACAUAUAUACAUUUUUUAUAGAAAGUUUAAUACGAUAAUGCAUAUGUCGCCCUAAACUGCAAACACACAUUUCUAAUAUUUUGUGAUUUUUUUUAACUUAAAAUCUGUUGGCCUUUUGAGUAAGUUUAUGAUAUUUAAAAAUCUAUUCGGUAAGUUGCUUCUAUAAAAGAUAAAAUAAAAAACAAAAAAAAUACAGUAAUAAAAUACAGUAUUAAAAUAGUAGUGUAUAGCCUAAUGUUUUGUGUAGUGUCAGUUUAUGUUGUUUUUAUAAAGAAAAAAAACCUAUUAUAUAGACUAGGUAUAAUCUGAUGUAAAUGUAAUCUAUUACUAUGAUCAGGACACUGCUAUCGUUGUGAACAUUCAGAUUGUGAAAUUGGAAUUACCUGUAACUUAUAAGAUUGAUGUCAAUAAAGUUAUUUUCGAUACUUUGG